ACCAUUCUCAUCACAUUGGAUUACGCGCAGUUUUAUUUUUGUCCAGAGCCAAUUAGUGGCCCCACCAGACCGCAAUUACUAUUACAACAACAAUUAUUACAACAACAACAACUAGUACCAACAUCGUUGUACGAGUCGUCAGCAUCAGCAUCGUCGUUUUUUAAUAAUUUUUUAACAAACACCAACAAUUUCAUUAACAGCAACAUUACGCAAUCACGUUCACCACUCUAUCAGCAACAACAACAGCAGCAAUUACAAUUGCAACUGCAACAGCAGCAGCAACAAGACUCAUCAACAACGCCGCCAACAUAUUAUAAUUACAAUUAUAAUUAUAAUCUACAGCAACAGCAGUUGCAGCAACAAUUAUUGCAGCAGCAACAUCAUCACCAACAACUGUACAAUCCAUUCUACAGUCAGCAACAUCUGCAGUCGGCAGCAACACCACCACCACCACCGUCGUAUUACCACAAAUCGUUGUUUGGCAGUAGCAUUAGUCCGGGCAGUUAUUUGGGCGAUACAGCGACAGCAACAGCGGGCUUUGGUUUGGGCCUAAGCGGACUGGGACUGGGAGGAUUAAGUGCAGGCUUGGGUGGAGGAGGAGGAGGUGUUGGUUACACCCCCUUAGGACGUAGCUAUCGUUAUUAUAAGCAACACGCCUCAACAGGUCUUGGAGGCAAUAGCAGUUACAACGGUUAUUAUAGUUUAAGUUUCGGGGAGAGUUACUAUCCCUUUCAAUCGAGUGGCGGAGGAGGAGGCGUAUCAGGAGGUGGAGAUUAUUUUGGGCGCAUAUCACCAGCGGCGGCUCAUACGGGACCUCUGCUAGCCACUUCGGUUUCAGAGCCUCGCAGUAGUUUACUAAAAUUACCCCCGCCACAACCACCACCAUUGCUGCCACCCCUAGAUGACGAUCUGCAAGUAAGCACAGAGCCCUACUUGUCUACCUAUUCGUCAAGGCCUAUAGAUUAUAUACCCUCGCCACCGGCCUCCUUGCGAAGCGAUACUUACGCCUAUAGACCACGACGUCAGCGUGAUACAGGCGGUCGUUAUUCAGCUACCGGUUAUUAUACCAGCCGACAGAGAAGUCGUGGAUUUAGUCCCAUUAUAGACUGUGAUCGUUAUAGGGAUCGUGAAUUUGUGGGUCGUUCUAGAUUACGCACGAAUAGCUUGCAAAGUAACUGCAGUCUAGGAAGAUCUUCGUUUACGGCCAUCGAUCGUUUGUCACCCGUAAGAGUGGGUGCUUCGCCGCGUUCCUUGAGAAGAGAGAAAUAUUUAUCUCCUUGUGGGAGUCCUAAAUACAGCAGCAAAACGUCGUCCCUACAACCAACCAACGCCCACGAAUCACAAUAUCAUACACAAGCAUACGAUACAUCAUCGUCCAAUACCGCCGGCGCCGGAACAGUAACAUCCAAAGCAUCAUCAGCAGCAGGCGCUUUAACACAUACGCCGCCUCAUUAUCCGCAUAAUACCUCCUCACAAACCUCCUCCAGCCAUCACCAACAUCAGCACUCACAUCAUCAUCAACAUUUGCCCAAAUUGGAGCAACCACAACCGUAUCAGCCCUACAACACCGAACAAACGCCCAGCAAUAGCACAUAUCACGCCCAUAAGAGGACUCAUAAAACCUCCACAGAUCCUAGGGAUUAUCAUCAACAAACUACUCCACAAAGACAACAGCAACAGUAUCACUAUCAAGAUCAACAGCAACACCAGCAGCAGCAACAACAACAGUUCCACACAACCAGCAGUACCAGCAACAUUUACUCCACACGCUCAACACCCGGAAGUUGUGAAAAUUUCCAUCAUUUAGCUUCAAAUCUUGGGUUUAUACAGCGUCAUAGAAUGAUGGUGAGCAAACUGUGGAAGGGUUGCUUUCCCGAUGUCACACCCGAACAUGUGCAUCGUCACAAUUUUUAUCUUUGCCAAUGGCAGCGCAAUACCCAAGUGCGCAUUAUCUAUCUCUUCUAUCGCUGGAUUACGGCCAUUAUUUGUUUGGCCGCUUUAGUCUGUUCAUUACUCGAUAUCGGUCGCACUGAUGAACGUUUUGAAAAUCAUUAUGCCAAAUGGUGGAUUUAUCUCACCCAUUGGGGUCUUCUCUUCUGUACGGUACAAGCAUGGCUGGCGGCCAUGAUUGUAACGCAGGGUAUGAUGGUGGAACGAGAAGACUUUGAGUUAAUGCGUCAGGCGAAAAAAUCAAAAUUACAUCUUCUCUAUUGGGUGUUGUACACGUGUGCCACGGUCUAUGCUUUUAUAAUAACGAUGUGUUAUUGGUUGUUAGUCCAUGAUCCAGAAAUACAUAAAAUUGACACAUUAAACAUUAUGGUGCAUGUUUUAAAUUCGAUUAUAAUGCUUAUCGAUUUGGCCAUUGUGGGACAUCCAAUUAAGUUAAGUCAUGUCUAUUUUACAACUGGCAUUGGUUUAGCAUAUGCCAUAUUUACGGGAGUUUAUUUUUUGGCUGGUGGUACGGAUAGAAAACUUCAAGUUGCCAUUUAUCCUAUGUUAGAUUGGACCAAACCGGGUAAAGCCAUUAUCGUUACGGUUUGUGCCAUUAUCUUUGUCUUCAUUGUGCACUUCUGUUGUUUUCUGCUCUAUCGCGCUCGUGUCUGGCUAUUUACUAAACUUUGCAUACGUGGUUCACAUCAUCGAGACGGUGAGUUUUGUGAAGGUCUCAAUGAGGACUCUUGUGCUACACGUUUGGGUGGCGGUAGUAGUGCUGACUAUUCGCAUCAACAACAAUUUCCCACUACAGUACAUUCAGAGCAGCCGCAUCGUACACAUCUAACGGUGGCCACUAGUGCAGCGGCCACACAACAAAUGUCAACGGAACAUGUGUAUGCUAAUGCUCCUAGUCAUCAGCAUUUAAUGGCUGGACAACAGCAACAACAACAACAGCAGUCACAUCAACAUCAUCCUCAUCAGUAUCCACCCCAAUAUUCGGGUUAUCAACAACAACCCGUGGUGGCCGGGGUAAAUGUUGGUGUCAUUAGUUCAGCUGAUAUAUAUCAGCAGCAUGAUGGCAGUAAUAAACAUCAUCAACAGCAACAACAACAACAACAGCAGCAACAUCAACACAAGUCAACAAGCGGUGGCAAUGCAUCAUCUGCCACAGCUGCUGCCUCAUCAGCUCUAUCACGUACUGUGGCUCAUUUAGAUGCAGCACAACGCGAACAAUUCCUAAAUCCCAAUCAAAUUGUGGAAUACAAAAUGUAAAGACGUUGUACCCGGCACCGAUAUACCUUUCAUUUGUCCAUGAAAUUUUUAGAAAAACAUUGCAGUCAAUGUCAGGCCUAUAAAGAACAGGCCGAUAACUAUGGCCGAUUUAAGGGUGGCGAGGAUAAUGCAGAUGCUGCCGAUUGUCUAGUGAGCCAUCAUAAUGUUGCGCUAACAAUCGCGGAUGUUGACAACAAUAUCGGCAGCAGUAGCAGCAGCAACAAACAAGGUAAGAAAAUUGACUAUAAAGAUAAAUCAUGUUAAGUUAUGAAAUUUUAUUAUUAAAGGGAGGGGGGAAGUGAGCAUUUUAAAAGAAAUGUUUGAGUGAGAGCAAAAUUCUUUGCGAAACGAAUUGGAAUUUAAUGAAACAUUCAAAAAUAAGGAUUUUUAUUUAAGAAAUUUUGAUCUUUAUGUCAAAGACAAAAGAAUUUGUAAUAAAAUCUCAACAUUUCAAAAUUUUAAACAUUUUUAAGUGGAACGAUGUGGAAUAUAAUGAAACACUUAACAAAAUUCUUAAAUAUCAAUAGAUUGACUAUUAAUUGUAAAUUAUAACAUUUUCUCCCUUUUUAUGUCUUUAAAUAUGAGAGUUUUAUUGAAGGAACGAAAUGGAAUUAAAUGAAACAAGCAUUAUAUACACAUUUUCUUAAGAGAAUUAUUAAAAUUUUUCCUUUUUAUUCACUUUUUAAAUGAAUACCAACAAAUAUUGGCAAAUUUUGUGAAAUUUUUUUAAGCGGAACGAAAUGGAAUCAUGUGAAACAGUGUUGAAAUUUUAGAUUCCAGCACCUUAAUUAACUUUUAUUGUUUCCCUAAACAUUUAAAUGUAUUCAAACUUAUAAAAAUUUAAAAUUUUGUACAAGGAACGAAAUGGAAUCAAGUGAAACAGUUUAGAAUUUAUAGAUUUAACAGAUUAAAAUGUUCUUUAGUUAUUUCUAACUAAGUUCAAGGGAUUUUAAGUCAUUUAAAUCGUAAUUUUGUUCAAGGAACGAAAUGGACUUUAGUGAAACAGCUUAAUUUUUAGAUUUAAUGGCAAAAAAUUUUUCUUAGCGGUUUUAACAACAUUUUUAAGUAUUUUUGGUUUCCAAAUUUUAAAUAUUUGUUUCAGGAAUGAAAUGGAAUCUUAUGAAACACUUUUAAAAUAGGACUUUUCUUAACAGAAACUAAGAACAUUUUUGUGUUGUUGUUUGUUAUGAAAUAAUAAGAACACAAUUGUGUGAUUUUAACUAAAUUUCAUUAGCGGAACGAAAUGGUAUUAAGUGAAACAUAGCAGAAUUUAUAGAUUUUAUAAGGGAAAACGUUUUAUUGAUAUUAGCUUUUAAUUCUAAAAUAGUUUAAGCCGUAAAAUUUUGAAUUUUUGUUUGAGAAACGAAAUGGAAUUUAGUGAAACAUUGAAGAAUUUAUGGUUUUAACAUAAAUUAAGGUAUUUUAGUUAUUACUCUUUUUUUAAACAAGAUUUUUAGCCAUUAAAAUCAUAAUUUAGGUUUAGGAACGAAAUGGAAUUUAGUGAAACACUUUGAAAAUUACAUUUUUUUUAAUGAAAAUUGUAUGAUUUUGUUUGUAUAGUUUAUUUUAAUAUAAAUUUAAAUAAAAUUAAGGAAUUUUGACUUAAUUCCAUUAGCGGAACGAAAUGGAAUUUUGUGAAACAUUGCAGAAUUUAUAGAUAUAACAAGGAAAAAUGUUUUGUUUGUAUAAGCCCUUAAUUUUAAAAGAGUUUAAGCGUUAAAAUUUGGAAUUUUAAUUCGAGGAACGAAAUGGAAUUUAGUGAAACAUUGCAGAAUUUAUA